CAGAACCAAGUUGAUUAUAACAGCUAUUCUGUAUUGAAAUCAUGCCUUUUGUAUCUAAUAUUUAUUACCCAUUUCCGCUGCCUACAUCUCGACAUUAUUGGAUAGAUAUGCCAGGUUCCACGUUUCCUGUGAACUUCCAGCGCACCUGUGAUCUUUCGGGCAGCAUGCUAGCCAACCCUUCUGUAAUCCCAGCCUUUAAAUUCCAGCUGCGGCGAGAAACCAUUGACUGGAGGCGAUUCAGUGCCAUUGAUGUGGAACGGGUAACUCGUGAGCUGGAUAUUGGCGCUCUUCAGGAAAAUAUCAAUGGUGUCACCUUUUGUAACCUUGAUGCAGAAAAGUGCCCCUAUUGUCAGCAGCCAGUAGACCCUGUUCUCCUUAAGGUUCUGAAGAUGGCCCAACUGACCAUCGAAUAUUUGUUGCACUCUCAGGAGUUCUUAAGUAUGAACUUGGCACUCCAGGAGGAGCAGCACCAGGCAGUCCUUGAAGACUGCAAGCGUAUCAAGUAUGACCUGGAUAAGCAAGCAGAAGAAUUAAAGGGGGUGAAGGAAGAGAGCAGGAAACGGAAAAAAAUGAUUGCCACCCAACAGCUGCUCUUGCAAGCUGGAGCCAACAACUACCACAAGUGCCAGCUCUGUGACAAGACUUUCAUGAAUUAUUCCUUUCUACAAGGCCACAUGGAGCGUAGGCAUCCUGAGGCCACUGCACUUGAGAAAUCGAAGAAGAAACAGGUGCAGCAAAUGGAAAGUGAGAUUGAAGAACUGAAGGUCAAGUUGAAGGAGACCCAUGUCCAGCUGGAGGCUGAGAGUCAGCAAAGGGUUCAGGAAGCAGAGCGUCUUCGUCAAAGGGAAGAUGAGGAAAGGAGAAAGUUUGAAAGAUGGAAGGAAGAGGAGAGAGCAAAGUUUCACACAGAAAUGGAAGAGCUGAGGCAACUUUUCCUCACGGAAAUCAAGGACUUUUCCAACAAAAAUUCUGCCUUGGAAGGAAAACUUCAGGAACUACAAGUCAAGAAUGCAGUAGCCUCACAUCUUGGGACAUUGCAAGAUGAUGAUUCUUUUGAGAAACAACAGUGGACUAAGACUCAGAAAGAAUUACAAGGGAUGAAGGCAAGGAUUGAACAACAGAAAACCGAGUGGGAGUGGAAACUUGGGAAAUUUCAGAAAGAGAAGGAGAAGGAGAAAGAAAAACUGAAGAACGAGAAUGAAAAACUGAAGGCUUCCUUGUCUUCUGACCAAUGGAAAAUGGCUGAAUAUAACAAGAAACAACUUGCUUCCCUUACCACACAACUCAGAAAGCAAGCCGGUGUCAUCCAAUCUCAGGAGAAUACAAUUAAGCUUCUGACUUCCAGCAAACCCAGAGAAAUCCAACAGGUACCCAAGACAGAAAAGCUGGAAGAAUCUAGCGAAGAAGAACUAGAUGAUACUUUGGACAGGAAGAAUAGAGUUCUGGAAACACUGCGGAAGGAUCCCAAUUUGUUGAAGCAAUUCCGGCCAGAUCUGGAAGAGAUACUUGAACAUAAACUGGAGACCAUGGGAGUGAAACGAGGUACAAAAGGUAUCCCAGCUCAAACCUAUAAACAUUUAAGAACUUUGAUUAAAAAACAGCAGCAGCAGAAGUCUAAAACAUUUCCAGGUCUGCUAAACUUGAGAGAUAAACUUGAAAAAGAAGUGCAGAAGAAAGUGGUUCAGAAGGAUGAAGAGAAUAUGUCCUUGCUGUUUUCUCCAAUCUUAGAAAAAACCCAAAGAGACCAGCAUUUUCCACUCCAGGUUACACCUUUGAAGAUUGGAACACACCCAGUGGAAGUACAAUAUUAUGCCCUGGACACACCCAAACCAGCUCCUCGGAGCAAAGUUAGUUCCAUGACUAGUUCAAUAGAGAUUCCAAAGGUACCAUCUCCAAAUCAAAUUAGAAGCAGUUCACCUUCUCUUCAACAAUCUGCUGUCCACUUCCCCAGUACUUCACCUUUCAGCUCUGAGACUGAAGAGUCUGAGGAACAAACAAACAUGAGCUCUCCAAAACACACAUCCCUCAAGGCAGAACCAAAACAGAGCAAACCUGUUCCCAGAGCAGCACAGGUGGAAGAGAGUGAGUGGGAUUCAUCUGACACAGACUUUUCUAAAGAGAAAAUUGGUACAGGAAAGAGUUCCUCAGUUGUAGCAGGAAUUCAUUCAGAAACACUAGUGCAGUCAAUGGCUAAAAAUCUGGAGAAGAAACUCAACAUACCUGGAAAGAAGCCUCCAGGUGGCGUGAAGCUCUUUGCCAUCCAAAGCAAAGAAGAUGCUAAAACCAAUCAUCCCACAAAAAAGCUUCAGUUUGCCUAUGAGGAGGAUAGUGACUUAGAGAUUUCUUCCUUGGAGGAAAUCAGCCAGCACCUGGAACCUGAAACUAAGAUAAAGAAGCUGCAAGGGCCAAAAGUUAGUGGGAGCUCCACUGCAUUGCGGGGCACCAGUAUCUGGACUUCCAGCAGCACAAAGACUGGGGCCUGGUGAUUCUCAUGGUUAAAUGAGUACAGAACCUAGCGGAGAUGGAAGAGCAUCCCAUGACAGAGAAAUCAGACUAAAUUUGAUAAUGAACAAAAACACAGCACCAAAAACCGAAAGUAUCACAUUCAAGGUUCUAGGUAUAAAGUUUCAAAGAAAACAUUUAAUUAACACGAGGUCUUCUAGUGCGCCUCAGGAGAAGGAAAAGACUGGUUUAUUCUUUUGCUGAAAGUCAAUCUUGACAUGACAUUAUAAAUUAAUUUUUGUCCAGAAGACACAAGCGUGAUUCUCAUAUCAUGCACAACCACAAUGUUGUGCACUUGGAUCUGACUUAGUGCAGUACGUGAACCCAGCCUUCAUGUACCAUUGGAUAUGAUUUAGCAUUAUAUUACUAAAACAAAACA